AUGAAUUUCUCCCAUAAUUUCCUUCGUGCCUUAGCCUUCAAUGGAACGUGUUAUCUGAUCAAAUUCCAAAUGUUAGAUGUCAGUCACAACAACUUCACCGAGAUACCUGAACCAAUCACCUACAAUUUCUACACUCUCCUAUACCUAAAUAUGAGUCGCAACCGGAUCUCCAAAAUCAUACCUGACGCAUUUAUUGGACUUUCUAAUUACCUACUGGAACUUGACCUGAGCUUUAACCGUUUGACAGUAUUCCCGGAAAGUAUCAAAAGUCUAUUGAAAUUGGAAAAACUCAAUAUGGCAGGAAAUCUUAUUCUGACGGUCCCAGAUGCUGGUUUUUCCUUAUGGCCAUCUUUGUCCGUGUUCCAAUUCCACGGUAACCCGCUUGUCUGCUCCUGUUCCACUGCCUGGCUGAGAAACUACACCCUUACCACAGAUCUGGGACAGUGCAGUUAUCCUGUGGAACUUAAAGGUAACGUGGCCACAUGUCUAGCAACCUCGCCUUGUGAUUCAGAUGAGAAUGUGUAUUCGUCCAAGGAAAAUAUCCAGGCGUGUAAGAACGGGUUGGUACUUACCCAUGAGAACCAACACCUAAAAUGGGACCUUCCGUCAGGUAAUGUACAAACUACGUCACAAACACAGGCCAAUGUCGAAGUUUUCAAAAAAUGCAAGCUGGUGACUAACUUUUCUUUAGUAGUUGAUAAAACCUUGAAGCUUUCAGGUGACGUGAAUGAAAUAGUGUGUGUUACCUUAUCUGACAGAAGCUGGAUUAGUAACCUAACAGAAUGCUUUGUGUUGGGUACAACAGAGGAUGGCCCUGAAGUUAGUACAGAAUAUGUCCCUCUUCAGGAAGAAACUACACCGCCGAACACAGUCUAUAUCGGAGUGAUUGUUGCUCUCUCCGUAACUUUGGCUAUUGUUGUGUGUACAGUACUCAUUGUCUUCUUAAUACGUAAAUGUCAAGCUGUUGAAAAACCUAAAGGAAAUAAUAUGUACUCUAUGUCAAUACGAGAGAACAAGGCAUAUGAAAGCAAGACAGACUAUGGGUCACCAGCCAGUAACGUAACCAGCCAGGAAGAUUACUAUGACGAAAUCCAACCCUCGUAUGUAAAUAUGUCUGAAACCUAG